CGGCCCGGCGGCGGAGGCGGCCUCCCUGGCAGUCCUCCCGGCCGGGGUCGGCGCGCUGGCGGCCGCUCCCCCCGGAGGUCACUGCCCGUGCCGGUCCCUCCCGCCGUCCCGCCCUCUGCCGCCGCCACCGCUCCCGCCCCAGCCCCCCCCCACCCCCCCGCACUCUCUGCGCUCGGGAGCGAGGUGCCGCCAGCGCCCCCGCCCCGCCGCCGCCGCCGCCGCCGCAGCGCCCUCGGCCGCCAUUCGGCAUCCGAAACUUUCCAGCGCCCGCGCCUCUCGGGGACUCGGCUGCGGCGGGGCGGGGGCGGCCCGGGGGCGGCGCGCGGCUGCUCCGGGCGCCGGGCCCUCCUCGGCCGCGGCACGGCCCGGGCUCGGCGACGGCCGGCCGGAGGAAGGUUCGGGGCGGCGGCGCCGCCGCAAGUUGCGCUGCUCGCGGCGAGGUAACUGAAGACAGAAAACAGGCCUAAAAAUAAACCCUAGAAGGAAGAAGGGAUUUGCCUGCAUUUGGCUCUGACCACAGCACGUGGGAGUAAACUUACGCUGAUGUGGUUCAGCCACGUGAGAGUGAGGAAGACGCAAACCUAAAACCCUUUAGCCGUCGUGUCCGAGAGACCCAGCCUGCGUGACCUUCCAGCCCCCGUCUUUGGAGGACUGACGGAAGGGCACCCACACGCAGGUCCCAGCAGACACUUGGCGUUUUAUAUGAUUGGAUGCUGGAGAGCCCACUGGUUCAAAGGUCCACACAUGAAGUCAGCCUAAAGCUUUCCCACAGAAGGCGGCCCCCGCUUCGUGAAGACCUCAUCGCCGCGAGGUGGGGCUAAGAUGAGCAUAACCAGUGACGAGGUGAACUUUCUGGUGUAUCGGUACCUCCAGGAGUCAGGUUUUUCCCACUCGGCGUUCACAUUCGGUAUCGAGAGCCACAUAAGCCAGUCCAACAUCAAUGGGACUCUAGUGCCGCCGGCUGCCCUCAUCUCCAUCCUGCAGAAGGGCCUGCAGUAUGUGGAGGCCGAGAUCAGCAUCAACGAGGACGGCACGGUGUUUGACGGCCGCCCCAUAGAGUCGCUGUCCCUGAUCGACGCGGUGAUGCCCGACGUGGUGCAGACGCGGCAGCAGGCCUUCCGAGAGAAGCUGGCGCAGCAGCAGGCCAGCGUGGCGGCCACGGCGGCAGCGGCGGCGGCCCCGGCGGCGGCGGCGGCCCCGGCGGCCGUUUCCCAGCAGAAUCCACCAAAGAACGGCGAGGCCACGGUGAACGGGGAGGAGAACGGAGCACACGCAAUAAAUAAUCAUUCGAAACCAAUGGAAAUAGACGGAGACGUGGAGAUUCCACCCAACAAAGCCACAGUCCUUCGGGGCCAUGAGUCUGAGGUGUUCAUCUGUGCCUGGAACCCUGUCAGUGAUCUCCUGGCUUCCGGAUCUGGAGAUUCGACCGCGAGGAUAUGGAACCUCAAUGAAAACAGCAACGGGGGCUCCACGCAGCUCGUGCUGAGGCACUGUAUACGGGAGGGGGGGCAUGACGUCCCCAGUAACAAAGACGUGACCUCGCUGGACUGGAACAGUGACGGCACACUGUUGGCUACAGGUUCCUAUGAUGGUUUUGCGAGAAUAUGGACAGAAGACGGUAACCUGGCCAGCACCUUAGGCCAACAUAAAGGCCCCAUCUUUGCCUUGAAAUGGAACAAGAAGGGGAAUUACAUUUUGAGUGCUGGAGUAGACAAAACAACAAUAAUUUGGGAUGCCCACACAGGAGAGGCCAAACAGCAGUUUCCGUUUCAUUCCGCCCCUGCCCUCGACGUGGAUUGGCAGAACAACACUGCCUUCGCCUCCUGUAGCACAGACAUGUGCAUCCACGUCUGCAGACUCGGCUCUGACCGCCCGGUCAAGACGUUCCAGGGGCACACGAAUGAGGUCAACGCCAUCAAAUGGGAUCCUUCUGGGAUGUUGCUAGCAUCCUGCUCUGAUGACAUGACGUUAAAGAUCUGGAGUAUGAAGCAGGAUACGUGUGUCCAUGACCUUCAAGCUCACAGCAAAGAGAUAUAUACCAUAAAGUGGAGUCCCACCGGGCCAGCCACCAGCAACCCAAACUCCAGCAUCAUGCUAGCAAGCACCCAAAAAAAGAAGGAGAAGAUCUGUUUUACGACCGUGGCUUUGUUUUCAGUAUAUCUGGUUCACGUUUUAGAAGAGGAAGAGUGUACCCGCUUGUUGUCUCUCGAAACUGCUUCGUUCGAUUCUACAGUUCGACUGUGGGACGUGGAGCGGGGCUUUUGCAUCCACACGCUCACCAAACACCAGGAGCCGGUCUACAGUGUAGCUUUCAGCCCCGACGGGAAGCACUUGGCCAGCGGCUCCUUUGACAAGUGUGUGCACAUCUGGAACACGCAGAGCGGAAGUCUCGUCCACAGCUACCGAGGCACCGGCGGCAUCUUCGAGGUGUGCUGGAACGCCCGAGGGGACAAAGUGGGCGCCAGCGCAUCGGACGGCUCCGUGUGUGUCUUAGAUCUGCGAAAGUAAACAUGAAAUAUUUUAGAAACAAGAAGAGAAUUCUAACGGACCAGCAGUGAAUGUGUGGGGUUGUAGCACUAUUCAAACACAAUUCUGUCAGCUCCAAAACUGUACGAACUUGACCUUAGAGUGUACUUUGAAAUCAACUCAUCCCUGGCCACAGGAGUCUCUAUUUUUUGGUAAUCUUUAUCAAGAAGUUUAAAACAAAAACAUACACACAGUCAUAUCAAAGGGGGGAAAGAAUGGUCUCCACCUGGAGCAUUCAGCCUGGGAAGCACGAAGCCACCAGCUAGACGGUGCAUGGUUUGGUUUCCAUCCAGAACAGGCUCUGAUGGCUGAGAGGAAAAGAAAAAAACAACAACAACAAAAAAAACUGUGCCAAAAAGAAAAAGAAAAAAAAUGCUGUGAUAAACCAAAAGGGGGGUGGGGAACUCCUCACGUGGUGGGUUUUUUUUUUUUCCUAAAAAUUUGGACACUACAGUUACUCUCACAAGGAUGUUCAAAGACCAGUUUGUACGGAUGAAAUGGGCAACUUUGUAAUCCCAACACUUUCUAUUUUCUAGACUCUUUGUCCCGUGGUUUUUCUAUGGGCUGGAAUCCUGUCGUCUGGGGGCCUCGGGUCUGAGGUUGGAAACUGUUUUGGGUGUGUUGCUUCUUUGCUGGUGUCGCCUGCCCCCUCCACCUCUCCUUCCUUCGUGGUCUUGGUUGGCAUCACCCCCUCACAGAGUCUCUGACAGGCGGGGCUUUCUCGCCCUGCCCUCCCUCCCUCCCUCCCUCCCCCCCUCCCCCUCGCGCACUCUCUCCGCCCCUUCCUCAUAGUCGCUUCCCAUCUUAGGUCUCAAGGGCACUUUUGGCGCAUACUAAGUGCUUUAUGUAAGAAGGCAGGGCAGGGGGACUUUUUACAGGAGAAAAAAAAAAAAGUGACUUAGAAAGAGCCCAGAGUAUUUUUGGAGAAAAAAAAAAUAUUUUUAUGUUAAAACAAUUUUAAAAUCCUAAAAUGGCCAUCAGACAUAGAGAGCUUUGUGUGAUUCAUAUUUUAAAAAAAAUAAAGUUUAGGAAGACACAGGCAGGGUCUGAGGUAGCUUUUUCUCUUUCAGCUUCACGAGAGGCAGUGAGGACUCUGGGUGGGAAGGGGCCAGCCCUGGGGUCGGCGUUGGGACUGUUCUACGGCCAGAGAGGAAAAUCCGGGCCCUUCCAGCUCGAAGACGACCUUGGCAUUUUUCAGGGUGUGUUGACCGUAUAGUAGCCGGCAGGAGAGACCUGGAGAAGCGUGCCUUCGGACCCAAGAAGCGUUCCCAGGACCAGCGGCAUUGAAGGGGCCGUCACAGCCGUCCACUCAGCAGGAGGCCGCCUGGCAUCAUUCAGGCUGUGGGGCCACCUGUGGGCCCCCCACCAAGAGCACCUCGGCCGGUCCUUGCACAGCUGACGGGAGAGGCUCCAGGAUCUCACUGGGUCUAAUAACGACAAAAACGAACAGGGAGAGAGGUUUUCGGUCCUGAAGGUGAAUUACGUAGGUAGACUGUCACUAAUAAUUUCUGUCCUCUUCAUAGUUUCUUCCUCUUGCAACAGAGGAGGAGAAAGGUUUUCUUUUUGUAAUAAUGAAUCUUUUUACUGUUUUUAAAAAAUUAAACAUGGCUUUGUGUUCCUA